ACAUUUGGGACAAAAUCGAAUGCACUCCUAGUUGAUCACGUGAGCAAACCAGUCACGUGAUGACGCUCGCGCGUGCGCAGUGUGCUCGCUCACCCGGCGCGCCGCGUGCGAUCCGUCUGCGAGAGCGUGCGUUCCCGCCCGCUCCCUUCAGUUCUCACCGACCGCGCUUUCGGUAUGCGUUUGUGAUGGGCCUCUGCCGCUGGCGCCAUGGAGGAGGAACUCAAAUGUCCCGCGUGCAAGCACUUCUACUCCAAUCCGGUGUUGCUUCCGUGUUCGCACUCUUUGUGCCUCAACUGUGCAUUGAACGCACAGCAGCCGGCGAACGCGCCGACAACUUCUCACGUCGCGAAUUCCACUUCGUCUUCGGAAGACAGUGGCAACAGCAGCAACAGCGGCCUGGUCGGGCCGUCUGAGAUCGGGACCACAGCGGAUUACCCCGAUGGCGACAAGUUGAGCCUGCUCAGCGAGACGGACAGUGGCGUUGUCUGCACCAGCCGACCGAGUUCUUACGUGGGAACUCCAAAUCUACAAGGUGUUCUGUUCCCGCCACUGCUUCACAGCGGUGUCGCUCUUCUGUCUCUCGCCUGCCCCGAGUGCCACAAGCUCGUGUACUUCGACGAAAAUGGUGCGCACAACUUGUCUCGCAACCGAGCGCUGCAGAAUAUCGUGGAUAAGUACGGCGAGACGCGGCGUCUACCCGUGGCCUGUCAGUUGUGCGAGGCCGAUAGACCGCGGGAGGCCUCGGUGAUGUGCGACCAGUGUGAGGUGUUCUACUGUGAGUCGUGUCGUGAAAACUGUCACCCGGCUCGGGGACCGCUGGCCAAGCACACGCUACUCGAACCCCAGCAAGGGAAGAAAAUUCUUCGCGCACGCUCGCUGGGAGGUCGGGAUUCAAAGUGCACCGACCACACCGAAGAGGCGCUCAGCAUGUACUGCAUGGUGUGCAAGGUCGCCGCCUGCGUGCUUUGCCUUCAGGACGGACGACAUGCCAGUCACGACGUCCAAGCUCUGGGAUCCAUGUGCAAGGCGCAAAAGACGGAGUUGUCGCAGAACCUGCAGGCGCUCUCGGAGAAGGCCAAGACCGCCACCGAGUUCAUCCAGGGGCUCAAGGGCAUGUCCGAGCGAGUGCACGAGAACUGCCUGGCGUUCGAGGCCCAGAUCUCGGCGCAGUGCGACGCCCUGGCCGAGGCCCUGGAGGCCCGCCGGCGCGAGCUGCUGGCGUUCGCGCGACGCGAGCGCGAGGCCAAGCUCAAGGCGCUCAAGGGUCAGCUGGCCAACUGCACGGUGACGCUGCAGAGGACCACCGCGCUGCUGCAGUUCUGCAUCGAGGCACUCAAGGAGACCGACCACGCGGCGUUCCUGCAGAUUGGGCCGUGCCUGAUCAACCGGGUGGCCAACGUGGACGUGACGUGGCACAAGGACAUGGCGCCCACGCCUUGGGCCUCUCCGGACUUCGACCUGACGCUCGACCAACGCUCGGUGCUGGACGCCGUCAACCAACUCACCUUCACGCAGCUAAAACCUGACGGAGACGAGUCUGCAGCGCCCGGCGCGCCCCAGCUGAUACCGGAGGACUCGACGGCGGAGAACAACUGCGUCACCGUGGCCUGGCAGCCGCACGCUGGCAGCUUCGUCCAGGGCUACGUGCUCGAACUGGACGACGGGAACGCCGGGCCGUUCAGGGAGGUGUACUGCGGCAAGGAGACGCUGUGCACGGUGGACGGGCUGCACUUCAACAGCGCGUACCGGGCCCGAGUCAAGGCCUACAACUCCACCGGGGAAGGUCCCUACAGCGACGUCAUCGUGCUGCACACGGCCGAGGUGGCGUGGUUCGCGUUGGACCCGGUGGCGUGCCAUCCCGACAUAGUGCUGUCGGAGGAGAACGCCACGGCUCGCUGCGAGAGCUACGAGCACCGUGUCGUUCUUGGCUCCCUGUGCUUCUCCCGCGGUGUCCACUACUGGGAGGUCACCGUGGACCGCUGCGACAACAACGCUGACGUCGUCGUUGGAGUGGCGCGCGCCGAUGCUGCCAGGGAUGUUAUGUUGGGCAAAGACGACAAGGGAUGGAGCAUGUACAUAGAUCACCAAAGGUCUUGGUUUCUUCAUGCCGACCGGCACGAACACCGCGUGGACGGUGGCGUUGAGAGGGGCUCGGUCAUUGGAAUACUGCUCGAUUUGGACAGGCGUCAGCUGUGCUUCUACGUCAAUGAUGAACGGCAGGGACCGGCCAUUGCACUGGGAGCUCCUGUGCAGGGACCGAGCGCUGCACUGUACCCAGCGUUCAGCCUGAACCGGAACGUCCAGCUGACAGUGCACACAGCCCUAGACCCACCCCAGUCCUCCGAUGACAGCGACGACGCAGCAGACGAUGGCGAGGAGGCGCGUGAGCUGCCCGUUCCUCCCAGCCCCAAGAGUGCAUUGCCCACCCUGCCACCACCGGUGGUGUGAAGUUUUCUUUCUUUUUUUUGACAGCUAUACAGAACGAAGCUGCCACUCAUUUGUCAUCCCACAUUGCAACUUCAACGUGGCAGCAUGCCAUGCAAUGUUUACAAGUUUGAGAAUGUGGUAUGCCGAAAUGCUCGAUCAGUUUGGCAAGUGAAGUUGCCAAGGUAGUUCACAGAAAUGAAUGGAAACAUGCUGCAGCUGCAUCAGCGGUGCAAAUUUGAAAGGCUGCCCAGUGUCCGGUGUAUCAAGUUCACUUGACAGAUCACAAUUCGAAAGUGUCUUUUUGAGCAAAGUACUAAUUGGAAAUGCAAGCAGUGGGGCAUGUGGUCUUUGAUUCAUGCUCGGCCAUGUAAACAUGCCCACGAUAAGACAGUGCAGUUAAGGCAUGACCUACGAGAUCGGGUGACACGGUGCGUGCUUGCCACUCGAUCUCGGAGGCCACAGUUAACAUUCUACGUUCUAGGCUGCGUGUCCUGCUCUGCUGCUCUGGGCCAUUGCACGUCUAAGUGAAAGCAAAAAAAAAAAUAUAUGUAUAUAUCCAUUUUCCUGCUUAUUGAUGAGCCUCAACACAGCUUAGAAAUGCUGACGAUUAUCCGAUUGACGAUCACUUUGGGAGAUGAGAAAACUUAGCAAGAUUUUGCAUUUGGUGCCGAGUAAUGCAUAAUCUUUCGAAAGCAAUUGUAUUCUCAAAAGUGAUUGUUUGAUAAUCUGGUUAUUGCAGCUAUGGGUUACAGUGCAUGUGCCGAAUGCUAUACACUCCACUGUUUGUGGUUCAUUAAUUGGACAACAUUUAGCAAAAUGUAAUGGAUGUUGAGUUCCCCAAAACACGCAGAGUUUCUCACUUUUAAGGAGUUUUUAGACACGUCUCUAUUGUUGAGAUGGUUAGUUCAUUGAGUUCAGUCCAAGUACGUAUAAGUACCUUGCCCGUGCAUGCCAUUACAUGAGAAGAAAUACAAAUUUAAUUGCUGUGUAGCCUUACUUACGUGUUAGUUCAGCUCAUUAUAUUAUAUAUUACAUGAAGGGCCACUCUAUACUUUUUCAGUGCAAUAAAUGCGGUCGGUUGUAGUAAUUAAAACAAAAAUGAAGGUAUGACAAUGUUAGGACACACACCCCAUUUGCAAGAAUGUGACAUGACUACUGCUGUAGCAUGAGGGGGGAGAGUGGCAAGGUAUUUUGCAGCUGCAUAUCCUGAUUUAAAAGUGAAGUAAAGGGGCAAAAGGUUAACUCAGUCGUGGUGCUAAAAUGAAGCAUUUGUUGUGUAGCAUUGUACGCAGUCAGCUACCACUACGAUGCAUGCACAUGCAGCGAUAAUGGCUGUCAACCACGAUGUACUACUCCAGGAAGUCGCGUGGGGGUUGUGUUAACUGUAUCUUCUACAGGAUAUUGAGAAGUUUGCGGUAUGGGUGGAUGGUGAUGGCUUCUCCUUUGAAAUGGGGUAGUGGACAAAUGUCACCAAGCUUGGUUCUUUCUGCCUUUACGCCCUGUCUUCUCUUGAACCUUGAAGUCUGGUAUUCUUGUCGAUGAACCACGGAAUCCGUACUCCCAUACUUUAAGCAAAAUUAGAAAAAAAAACAAGUCAUCUGCAGGUGUAUGCCAAUCUGAGCAGCUGAUACACAUCAAGGACAUCGAAGUUGUAUAAGCGAGUUCUCACACCUUUCCGUACUGGGGGUCUAUUUGUUCGCUGUUCUUAAUGACGGCUUCUAACAGCAUCAAUAAGUUGUCUAUUUAGAUUAUAUAUGUGUACAAGGUAACUUUUAUUUACGUAGUCAUUGAUCAUUAUGUUCCAGAACAAAUUCUGGGCUCUGAGACAUGUGGUGUUGCAUUCACAUUUGAUAGCAACCACGCCGUCGCAUGCCGGCAUUCACCGGCAUACAGAAACCAUAGCAGAACUUCCCUUCACUGUAAAAAAUAAUGUUGUGUUUAUUAUGUUAUUUUUUGGCUCAUUAGCUUCGCCACUCCCCCAGCCACCUCUUGCUAGCCUCCACAACGGAUCCAUUUAUGUUUUCCCCGCUUUCCUUGAAACAAGGCAUUGGACAGGUUAGUUUGGUUCAAGUUUUCCCCCAAAUAAACACUGCGAUGGCAAAAGCUUCGGCUUUCUCACACAGCUCAGGCGCCCGGUGGCUGAGUUAACCGCAUCUUGAAGUGCAAAUUGGCAUGUGUUUACUUUUUUCGAGCUUGCCUUAUUCUACAGUCUUCACCGAUUUCACUUUAAUGAUUAACCAACUAGCCCACUGUCAAAUGAUCUUAGUUUCUAUCAGAACACUGGUGUUCAUGCCGUCGGCGGAUUCUGCCAGUUGGACACUCAUUUUUCCAUUAAUGGGGGUCUGUGUGUUCACUAGAUUCUUCUUGUGACUUCUCUGAGCAAAAGAAUGUUUGCAUCUGUUGUGAAGCAGAGUAAGCAAACAAGUAACUGCCUAAUUAAGGUGAGAUCAGAAAUGCACGUCAUUUCACCUUAAUUUGUAUAUUUUGCACAAAGGUUGUUAGCUGCUGUAUUUUAGACAUAUCUGUCGUCACUGACUGACAUAUCACAAAUGGCUUACCACCUAUUUGCUGCAUGUGGGCUAUGAUCACUUCAGCAAUGAGCACAGUUCCUUGGAGUUAGAACUGAGAUAUGAAACACUGUCCCAGUCCCAGGGCAAGACAUAUCAGUUAUUUCCUUGAUUUUAGUUAUUUUAAUUAUUGUAUCAAUACUUAACGCAUAAUCAGAAUGAGAUCAUUGGGCAAGAAACUUUUUCUCACCCUGUCCGAGCUGCAGAAGCAUAUCAAGUUUGUGCUCACAGAUGUACCAUUUAAGACACUAGCACAUUUAGCAGCCCUUCGUUUGAGUUCAGCUGGAUUGAAUUACAGUGUUAAUUGCCAACCUAUGAUGACUGCCAUAUAGAUUUCUUUGCUUUGCAUUACAGAUAGUUGCACACCGCUUAUUAAAUCACAGUCUGUCUGUAUAGCCUUCUGUUCUGUUUCUAUGUUCUAGUAAUUGGUCAUCUUAGGCAGUAGCGCCAUUAUUCAAGAACUUGUUUUGUCCUUUUUCUUUCUUUUUUAAUACAACUUGUAAUCAUUAUAUAGUGUCACUAGUAAUUUGCAGAGUGUUGUGUCUUGAGGCAGCAUACAUAUCAUUUUACAUAAGUACUAUUAGUGCUUCAAAGCCACAUGAACAUGAAGAUACACUUAGUGGCCGAUACAUCGAACUCUGUUGAUGCCUACUGUUAAAAAGGUAUAGGGAAACUAGGACAAGCUAUAAUUCUAGUUACAUUAUUUGCAGUGCUUAUUCUGCAGUGACAACGACUUCAUACGACUUGCAAGAAGCAGGAAUAUUGCAUUGCAUGCGUUCUCUUGGUUGUCAAGGUGUUGCCACAAGGUGAAAUUCAUGCUCUUCCUGGCGCACUCAUGUUUGAACAAAGUUAACCUCAAAAAUAAAAUUUCAGAGUGUGCACGUCAUAGAUUACCACAACAGGAGAAGACUGGACAUGGGCAACGCAUCUUGCAAAAGAUACCGGUGAAAGCCUGCGUUCUGCACCAUGCCAGUUGUCACCACGGGUGCUUGUAUGCUGUGCAAGAACAAGCAUUGGCACGAUAGCAUUGCUUGUACAAGAUUGUCUGUGGAGCACAGGGCAGCCAUUAAGCAAGACUUAUCUGACGCUGAAUAUACGUCCUUCCAUUAUUUUCGUGUUCUAGUUCUUUUUACCACCUAAUUUUUUACAUUAUAUAUCUCUAGUGUCUUAGUAGGGAAGAAAAGUUUGCAAGUGCUGUGAGUGCUCUUGAAGUUAUAUUGAAGUGUGAAAGCUUGUAUGGCAUUUCAUUGAAAGAGAUUUCAUUGAAAAGAAAGCACUGUCUUGUCUGUACAUUUUGACGUUUCUGACAAGAUGAAAAGAAGAGAGUACACCAUUCAUGCAUCAUUCUGACUUUUGCCUAUCGUGUGUGUUAAAAUGUUCUAGCACUACUUCAGUGACAUGGAAAGAUACUUUUCCGAAAUUCAAUGAUGAUUUAUGCUGAAAUUCUGUCAUUUUGUUGUUCGUUAAUGUCAUAGUUAAAUGAGAGCUCAAUAGUUCAGACUGUCAUGAACACAUUUGCCAUGUCAACAAACAGCUUCAAGCCACGCCUCUGUUCUGGUGAUUUGCUUUCUCAGCCAUUAUGUUUAGCUGUCGAACCAUACACCUGUAGCCAAGAAAACUAGUCACAUGUGUAAAGAAAGCUUAGUGUCAGUUGAAUGAUCUCUGUGGUAAGUGUGAGGAUGCGUGUCUCAUCUGCAAACACCACCUGACAGGAAGACUACGUUGCGCUGCUAUCAGGCUUUAUAGUUUUUUGUGCCGAUUUUUUAUCGCCACACCAAAGGGAAAGACGGGCGAGUCUCUCCAGUCAUCCCUUGUAAAGAAGCCCUGUUCUUGUUCAUCACUCAUCUGACGCGGCAGUUUAAGAGAGUCUUACUUUUCUGUAUGUGUGUGUCUUUAAACUGUGUAACCAAGUCUAGUUUGAAAGCUUUUGGUAAUUUGAGGGUAAUAUUUUGAACCAUUGUUUUGGUAAUGGACCACCUCAUGUUUUCUUACAUUUCUUUUUUUUAAGUAGCGACAGUUGAUCUGGUAGCUACGGUAGUCACUACAAAAUAGUGUUUUAUCAUUCGUUAAAAAGAGCUGCAAGUUAAGUUGCCUUAUCAUGGCAUAUUGGCAAGGAUAUGUUGGCAGCCUAUGAAGCCUUGUACUUCUGUGUGUUCCUUUGUCCACAUGACGCGUAUGUUUAAGUAUUGCUGUGCAAGGAAAAUGCAGGCGUGUGCUUAACUGGGCUGGUUCCUGCAUGUGGAAGGGAAUCUAACGGCACAAAAGACCGCACGUAUAGUGUAGACAUACAGUGCCGCCUCUGUCGUGUACGCUAUGUGUCCCUGUCUUUUGCACUGUUAGACUCCCUUCAAGGGAAAUGCUGCAAUAGAUUGCGUUGCAGCGUUCCACUGCUUACUAAGAGCACAUAGGUACAAGCACUUCGUAGGCGCUUCAUUUUCUCUGCAAGGAUGAAUUUCUUUUUUCCGUUAAACUUGCUCCUUCAUCUCAGCUUUCAUCAGGCAUAUUUAUGUGACUUGAUGAUUUUAUGUGGCACCUAGUGAUUUUAGUGUAUGGUACUUUCUCACUGGUGCUAUUGUCAAACUACCGGUGCUUGUUUUCAUUUUAUUACUUUUGUGUUUGUCUGAGUAAUUGAUUCUAGAAAGGCAUAAUUAUAAUUUCACUUCAUCAUGCUGAAAUGACUUAAUUGACCAAAACUAGAAAAAAAAAAUUCAGUUUUGUUGCUAUAAUAAGCAUAGGGUCAGUUACCGGUGUAUGCUAUUAUGCGCAGAGUUGUGCAACUCCAUAGCGUAGGUUUGGUAAGGUCCAGCCAAGGCUGCUGUUUUGAGUCAGCUAUAUCCUGUGAUUGAAUUGGCCUCUCUAUUGUGGUGUAUGCCCUUCCCAAAACAUGUGAGGUGAUAAAAGCCAGUUUUAAGAUUUUGUGCACUGCCAAGGUUUGCCUACAUGCCGUGGUUGUAUACUUAUUUAUUCUGCAGUACUCUUUGAGCGUUUGCAUACCGAGUGCUUAUGUUUAGUGAAGGUUAUUCUUUGCAAGGAUGGAGCAUAUAAUAGUGUGUACACAUUUUCCUCCAGUUAUCAGCACACAUGGAAUGAAAGUUUACUGGCUGUAAAUAGCAGAGAGGUUCCCUCGUUCUUUUAUUGCUGCUGUAGCAUAUGUAGCAUAUCCAGUAGAGAAGUCACUAUCAUGUUUUUCUUCACAUUUUUUAUGUGUGGCAGUACUAUGUUUAUUAAUUAAAUAAAAGUUUCUUCUCUGC